CAGAAUGUCAACUAGACCAUACCAUGAGUAAAAAGUCACCAUCAACAGUGGAAGAGCUUAGAUUAGCACUGGAAGAGCUUAAUCUGAAUUCUACAGGAAGCAAGGACAAGUUGCGUCGAAGAUAUAAGUUUCGGGAACAGCGUUUACAAGAAAAGAAAAAGCAAGAGCAAUGGAAUCUUUAUUCUUUAGACAACAAAGACAGAACUCCUCUUCGAUAUUUAUUAAUAGUCGAUGUAGAAGCAACAUGUGAGGAAGGAUGUGGAUUUACUUUCGAUAAUGAAAUAAUAGAAUUUCCCUGUCUACUUUACGAUUUGGAGACAAAUGAGAUUAUCGACGAAUUUCAUUCUUAUGUUCAACCAAAUUCGAAUCCUACAUUAUCUGACUAUUGCAAGUCAUUAACUGGGAUACAACAGUCAGUUAUUGACAAAGCACCGUCAUUCCUACAAGUACUCGAAAAUUUAACAGAUUUUUUAAGGCAACAUAGAGCUAUUCUUCAACCACCAAUUGAUGAAAUAAAAAUCCUCAAACCCUCACGAGCAAUUCCUAGGAGUCAGCCAAAAAAUUGGGCUUGGGCAUGUGAUGGCCCAUGGGAUAUGGCAUCAUUCCUUGCAAAGCAGUUCAAAUAUAGUGAUACACACAUCCCAGACUGGAUGAAAGGUCAUUUCGUCGACGUCCGAGCCUAUUUUUCAGAUGUAUACCGUGUUCCAAGAAGAAAUAUUGAAAGAAUGCUGCAACGAUGGAAUCUUCGAUUUGAAGGAAACCAACAUUGUGGCAUAGACGAUUCGAGAAAUGUUGCAAGGAUCAUAAAGAGAAUGAAUAUGGAAGGAGUAAUUUUUGAGUGCAAUCGGUGGUGGCUCAAAUACGAAAAUAAUGGAUGGAUACCCGGUCGCAAAUAUCCACCUUUUCUGUCAAGACGACAGAAAUAGAAUGAAACACUUAAGGAUUUUGUUGGAUUUGCAUUCUUUACAUAUUGCAGUGUACAUCUGAAUUCGUCGUUUGUGAGCGUGCAUGCCCUUCUUUUGCAGAAGUGGGCCAAAGGUUGGGUAUAGCGAUUCUGUAAUUUUUUGGUUAAUAAAGUACAUAAAUAAAUAAUAUACUUACUGUUGAAAUUGAGGG